UUACAAUUUAUAUCUUUAGUUAUGAGUUAAUCACGUUUAUCUUUAAGUAUGCUUUUGUUUAUUAAUAUAUACUUCAGUAAGCAUUAACAAUAUGAACUAGAUUUCAUUAUUUAUAUAGAACAAACAACAUUACUCAAUUAUGGAAGACGAUAGUAAUGAUGGUCCCUUCACGGUAUGGCAGAUGUUUAAUGCACCUACUCUUGUUUUAUUUAACAAUUUGGAACAUGCAGCAGACGGACUUGAUAGACUAUUAACAUCCAUAUUAAAGCUAUCAGGGGAUUUUUCAGAAGUAUUGGUACCUCGACCAGGAAUUUCAAAAUGUCCAGAUUCUUAUUAUUGUGCUUUCAAUACAUGGCUUAUUGGUAGACUAUUUUAUGUCUGUUCAGUAAAUGAUCUUAAAAGAAUUCAUACAACAAGUAAGGAGGCACAAAUAAAAAUCCUUAACAUUUUAUGUACAAAUGGGGCAUCAUUUUAUAAAAGUCUUCAUUCAGAAUAUUAUGCAAUUUUGAUAACACUUUUACAGUACUAUAGAGAUUUUCCGAACGGGAAAGUCAAAGAAGUCAUAUUAGAAAAUUUUACACCUGAACAAAUAGACAUACCAAAUGUUGACAUACAGUUGGACCCCAUUUAUGUUAAGGUCGAGAAUAUCAUGACAUGUAAAACUUUAAUUGACUCUGUGUUGCAACUCUUAUCAGAAAGCAUUCCACCUGGUUUGUUAUAUAGUACUACACUAGACCUUGAAAAAGAUGUUUUUGCACAAGUAUUAAAUGCAAUCGAAGAUUUUAGCAUAGAUUUAAAAUAUAUUGGUUUUAGUUUUUUUCUUAAUUUGAUUAAAAAUAUAAAUAUGAAUGCUAUUUCGAAAUUUUAUGAUAUAUUUCCUUGCGCUUAUCAAAGAUUGUUAUCAAGCCUGGAAGCUCUUAUUCAAUUCAUGAGUGUUCUUCAUGAUAAAUAUGAAAUUGAUACAAGUUUGCUUAAUGAUUUGAAUACAAUUAUAUUAGAAUUUCUAAAAAAUAUUGAAAAUGACAGUGACUCUGAGAGUAGUGUAGUUAGCAUUUGUUCAAUAAUCCUACGCAACAAAACAAGUACAAUAUUUCAUCAAGAACUUAAAUUGUAUUGCUUGUCGUUAAGUUGUAAGAUGAAGUUAUCAGAGGAAUUAUUAAUUAUAACGGAGAUGGACCCUUUACAAUUGCAUGAAGUAUCAAAUUGUUACUCUAAUAAUAUCGCCAAACACAUCAAAUCGAACAGAAAAGCAGACAGGAUUAUAAAUUUAAGAGAAGAUUGGUACUAUAUUCAAAUAUUAUCUGUUAUUAAUGGCAUAAAAUCUUGUGAAGACUCAAACAUAGAUAUGUUUUUAGUUAAUUAUCAUUUACAAAGGUGUCAUAAAGCUCUAGGUAUACUAGAAAUAGUAAGUAUUGAAGAUAAGAUGACCGUAUCUAGUGGAGAAAGUGCUUAUCAAUUAAUAAAUAGAAAAAAUAUUUUGAAUGUAUGGCAUACAUUGUCCAAGUUAAUAAAACAUCAUCAAAGUAUGAUUGUUGGCAAUGAAGCUAGUAUGGAAUUAAUUAUGAAUAUUGUACUUAGUACAAUUAAUUUAAGUGAAAACAUCACUAGAGAAGAUGCUAAUUUAUUAUUAGAGAUACUAUGUUUUCAAAAAUCAGCUGUAUUUUCCGAACAUCACUUACUAUUUAGUGAUUCUGUAAAGAGUAUGAUAUUAAAGUAUUUAUUAAUUGCUAAAAUAUAUUUACAAGCUGGUACAAAUGAAACAUGGAACAAAAUAAUAAUAUUUUUGUAUAGUUCUGUGAUAAAAAACAGGGAUUUGGCGAUCUCAAGAAAGGUUAUAGAUUUAUAUCCUUUAAUGCAAAUAAACAAAAUGCUUUCUGCUAGUAAGAUAAUUGGAGAUAACUUGAUGCCAGUUUUUAUGAUAAAGGACAUAGAUUUGCAAAUGGAGAUCCUAAAAGUCUUACCGGCCAUGGCUUGUAUGUCCUUAGGUACUUACAGCAUCAUUGUAACAAACGCUCAAAAUCCUAUAGGCCAAGUAAUUUUCACAAACUCUAUAAUAAGUAUCUGUGUUAAUUGUUUUAAUUGUCAUAACUUGAAUGAGAGUAUAACCACAUCUCGAGAUUUUUGUUCUCAUGUUAAAAAAGAGUACAAGGUUUUGCAUUCAGAUGAAAAUUUAAUGACGCCUAAAAAAAUUUCAAUAUUCACCGGUCUCGAAAAAUUAUUCGGUAAAUUUGUAAAUAUGAAUAUAUGCAAAGAAAUUGGUGAUGACUAUUGGAAACUUGUAAGAAGAUUAUGCAAUCACUAUUACAUUUUUGAUUUUGAAGUUUCCACCAAAAUUAUUAACGAAUCUUAUUUGAUAGAAGGUCUGAAGGUCUUUAAGCCUUUUAUUGACAGUACACAGAGUCAUAAAUACCCUGAAUGGAUUUCGAACAUUGAUGUCAUUAUCAAUUUAUUUAUAAAAUUACUAGUAAAUUCUACAUGUACAAGCUUGGAAAGCAAUGAUUAUACCAUGCAAGCAACUACCCUGGCUUGCAUCAAAGAAUUGGGAUUAUGUUGCAAUGAUAAAUUAGUUUUUCCCAUAACGAAACUUCUCAUUUACUACAUAAUGCAUCCGCUGUGUUCUCUCUCUCCAAAAGCAAUUGUCGAUUUGAGGGACGUAUGUGAAUUUCAUAAUCAAACCCCGAAUCAAGUGUACCACAGAUACAAAAAAGAUUACUGCAAACUAUUCGUUGAAUGCAGUUUAUAUAACGGUAAAGAUUUCGCCGUAUAUCUCUUAAAAGUCGUACGAGCAUUUGGAUUUAUUGGAUAUCGGGAUUUUAUAUCGAAAGAUAUUCAUCAUUUUCUACCAUAUCUUAUACCUUAUGCUCCGGUCGUUAAGGAAGUUCCGUCUAUGAUAGAAGAAAUCGCAACUCUUGUCCAAUGUUCUGUAUCAGAGUUCCUAGUCGAAAGAUUCCCACAUAUAUAUGUUCACGUUUAUUUAACGGAAUCUAAAGAAGCAGCCAGGAAGUGUUACGAUGUGAUAGAAAAACUUACCAAAACUUCUACUAUAAAUUUAAUCAAAAGACACUUCAGAGUGAUAUUGACGGAAUUCCUUUUGCAAUAUUGCGUUAACCCGCAGAAAGUUUUGGACGCGUGCAGAUAUCUAGCGUGCCACGACCCAGACGUGUCAACUCCUCAGUAUAGCAUGAGCAUGAGUACUACACAAAUAGCGGAAUUCCUGAAUCCAAAAUUUUUGGGUGUUUUAGCGUAUUUCGAUCACAAGCUUGUUAAUAGCAAAGUGGCUUUGUCAGUUAAACGCAAAGCACUAAAAAGCUUUCCGGAUAUAAUGCAGCUGAUGGGGACCCAGUAUCUCACGCCUUUGAGAUUUAAAGUCCUCGCAACUCUAAGAUCAGCACUACCAUUGGCAAAGGAAUUUCCGAAAAUUCUCGCCGAAGCGUGGGGAUCGUUCGUUCACAAUAUCGACAGUAUUUCCUUAGGUCCUCUAUUGUCGAACCUUGCCGUUUCGCUCCUGCAGCAGUUUGAAUACGCUCCAAACGAAAUAAAUAAAAUUUUCCAGUACAUUAUAUUGAAAAAUGAAAAUCUUCUGAGCUCCCAUAUAUCCGACUUAUUUUUCGUAGAAGAUUCGAAAAUUUCUGAGCGAGUUAAGUUAGUUAUAAAAAAACACGUUAAACGGACACAGCCGGACGGUUUCCAGGAUAAAAUAAAGUGGUACCUGCAACAUUUGAAUCAUGAUAUUCCAAAUAUAAAGAUCUCCGCUUUUUCGCACUUGAACAAAUUAUUGAAAAACAACCGAUCCGAAAUACACAGAGCGAUAUUCGGGGGAAAGAAUAUAGAGCCCAUCAUGGUGGAACUCAUAGAUUGUUUGCUGGUCGGCUGCAAGGAGGCGAGCGCGGCGGUGUCGCUGGCGCGCGGCGCGUGCGUGGGGCAGCUGGGCGCGCUGGAGGCGGGGCACCUGCCGCGCCAGUACGUGCAGCCGCACCGCGAGCCCUUCGCCUUCUCCAUCGGCGACGACUGCUUCGCCGCCACCGCGCUCGGCGAGCUCGUCCGCGCCUUCCAGUACGAGAAGGACACCAUGAACAUGGAUUGCUAUGCUCUAACUAUUCAAGAGAUAUUAAAAAUUUAUGACAUAUCACCGACUGGAACGAAAAAGGAAGUCUGGGAUAGUUUUCCGGAAAAUAUGCAUCAAGUCAUGUAUCCGUUACUUAGUUCGAGGUACACUCUGGCGUAUCCGUCUCAGCCGAAGAAAGUACAUCCAUUAUUUGGUUCUGUACACGGAACUGUGUUUCUGGAAUGGGCACACAAUUGGACGGGUCAAUUAAUACCUUCAAUAGAAUCUGAAAGUAUUCGAGAACUUUUGCGUACAGUUCACCCAAGUAUGCGUCGCGACGUUCGGACACUAUUCCUAUUCUUACCGUAUGUGCUGCUUCACGCUGUUAUGUCCAAUAAGAAUGUUCAGCUCAUACAGGAAGAAAUAAUGGCCGUUAUAGGUUUAGAGAAUAAUGAAAGCGUAAUUCCAGCAACGGUAGAGAGAUCUAAGUAUAAAAUGUUGCGGCAUAUAAGGAUGACACCAAAUAUUAAUUCAGUGCAAGCAGAAGGCAAUCAGAAUAAGUAUAGCAAAACAAUAUAUACUUUACUGGACUUCUUGAAUCGAUGGCUCCUGGAAUGGACCAACGUGAAGCAACUACCCUUGGCGAACGAAAAUUACAAGUCAAUUAAGAAGUUUGUAGAGAGUUUCGAUAAACUAAUGAUAGCUCGUGGUAAUUAUGCAUGCGGAGAACUCGAACGCGCAUUGCAAUACUUGGAGCUUUAUAUGGACGAGGAUAAGGGACAUGUACAGGAACAGCUGCCCUUGUUAGCUGAGAUAUACGCUUUGUUGGAUGAACCCGAUUCUGUUGCCGGUAUCUUAUCCAUCAAGAGGUCGGAGCCGUCGCUGAAGGAGUUUAUCCUGACGCAGGUGGUGACGGGCCGCCUGCAGGACGCCGCGCUGUGCUACGAGCGGCUGGCGCAGGAUGGACAGCUCGACCGCCAUAGCUUGCAAGGAAUGAUAGAAUUCUACUUGGACCUCGAUCAGCCGUUCACAGCGUAUCGUCUGCUCAAUGAACAUGACUCAGAUAACAUGAUGGAAUUAUCGGCUGAGCCAUUAUGGAGACUGGGGAGAUUCGAACAAUUGGAAGAGCUGGUGAAAAAGCCGGUGCCCCCUUCACGAGAAAAUUGGGGACUCCUAAUGGGUCGAAUUCUACUCGCCUUUCGCAAGGAAGACCACGACAUGUUUAAAACGUUCUGUGACGAUGCGAUGAUGAGAUUGCUACAACAAAUGGACGGGAAGAGUAGAGAGGAAAGUGCGCUCAGAAGUGGUUACCAGAGUGUUCUCGGGUUGCAUAUCAUUACGGAGGCUGGACACGCCGAGGAAGUUUUGAAAAGAUUAAAAGGCAUAGACGACGGUAGCGGACAAGGUAUUCAAGUAAUUAAUGAUCUGCUGGGCGAGUGGCGGCAGAGACUGUCCGUCGUGCAAUCGGACUUCAGGACUAUCGAGCCUCUGCUUAGACUUAGGAGGAUACUGUUGCACCAAACACAGGAAUUGCUUGAACCAACCCACCCAUUGACGGCGAGUAGGCUGAAGGCCUGUAUCGGCGACCUGUGGUUACAAAGCGCGAAGCACGCCAGAAAAGCUGGUGUGUUCCAGCAGUCAUACAUGUAUAUUUUAAAUGCUGAGGAAUACAAACCGGAAGAACUAUUCAUUGAAAAGGCGAAAAUAUACUGGGCUCGUGGGCAGCAGGAACACGUGAUGACCACGCUCCGACGUGGCAUUGAGGAGGCCUUCCCGGAUUUAGAAAACCUUACGCAGGAACAGAGAAAAAUAUGCGCUAAAGCGAAGCUCUUGAUAGCCAAAUAUAAUGAUGAAACAACUAAUGUUGAUGUCGAUGUGAACAUCGGCUACUAUAAGGAGGCAGUUGAUGUCUUCAAACAAUGGGAGAAGAGUUUGGUGUGCCUCGGCUCGUACUACGAGAAGGCGAGCGGCGCGGAGGGCGGCGCGCCGGCGAGCGCGGUGUGGGCGCGCCGCCUGUACGCGCUCAACAGCUACGGGAAGGCGCUGCAGUACGGGCACAAGUACCUCUACCAGAGCAUGCCCAGGAUGCUGUCCAUAUGGUUGGACGUCGAAGUGACGGCAGCGGAUACGAGUAUUCAUUCAAUACUAGCUCAAAUGACAGAAAUUAUAAAGACUUAUUCCGAAAGGCUCCCGACAUAUCUAUUUUUGACGGCCUUUUCGCAGAUCAUAUCGAGAAUUUGUCACCCCGUCAAAGAGGUGUACCAGCAGCUGAAGGCGAUCCUCGUGAAGCUGGUGGUGGCGUACCCGCAGCAGUCGCUGUGGAUGAGCCUGAGCGUGCUGCAGUCGGGCUACCCCGUGCGCGCGCGGCGCUGCGCCGACGUGUUCGCGGCGCCCGCGCUGCGCCAGCCCGCCGCGCGCCGCCUGCGCGACGACUUCACCGCGCUCGCCGAGCGCCUCAUCGAGCUCUGCAACAACCCCGUGCCCAGCGCCGGCUCCUCGACCACAGUGUCAGCUCUCGUCCGAGGUCUGCCGCGACUCCUCUCGUCCGACAACUUCAGUCAUAUCAUGAUGCCAUUCCAAGAGUUCUGUAAAAUAGUACUACCAUCGAAGGCAGCCAGACAAGAACGGAUCGACUUCAACAUACCGACGGAACCGACGGUAUACAUCGCCGGCAUUGAAGAACGUGUCACUAUUCUGCCGUCGUUGCAAAAACCAAGAAAAGUUACUUUACGUGGUUCCGAUGGCAAAGCUUAUAUAAUUAUGCUGAAGCCUCGAGAUGAUCUUCGCAAAGAUUUCCGUCUGAUGGAGUUCAAUGGUGUUGUUAAUAGAUUUCUUCAAGAUGCACCAGAGACCCGCAAAAGACGACUCUACAUAAGGACAUACAGUGUUUUGCCUUUAAACGAGGAAUGCGGUCUUAUUGAAUGGGUUCCAAAUUUACUUGGCUUAAGACCUAUUCUUAUGCAUAUUUAUAAACAAAAAGGUAUACACACAAAUAAUCGCGAACUGAAAGAAAUGAUGUGCUCCAAUAAAGACCCUGUCGAGAAAAAACGUCGUAUUUAUGAAGAACAAUUACUGCCGCGGCAUCCGCCGGUAUUCCAGGAGUGGUUUAGAAGAGUAUUUUCUGAUCCUUAUGGGUGGUAUCAAGCUAGAUCAGCUUACAUACGUACUACAGCUGUGAUGUCCAUGGUUGGCUACAUUUUAGGUUUAGGGGAUAGACAUGGUGAGAAUAUAUCCUUCGACUCAACGAACGGCGACACAGUCCACGUCGACUUCAAUUGUUUGUUCAACAAGGGGGAAUCAUUCGAAUGGCCUGAGAGAGUACCUUUCAGGUUGACACACAACAUGGAAGCCGCUAUGGGUCCUCUCAAACAUGAAGGCAUGUUUAGGAAAAGCUGCGAGGCGGUGAUGGUGGCGCUGCGCGCACAGACAGCGGCGCUCAUGUCGGUGGUGGGGCCCUUCGUGUACGACCCGCUCGUGUCGUGGGGCCGCUCGCGAGCGCUCGACCACGGCGAGCGAACCAACGAGCAGGCGCUGCAGCACCUGCAGCACAUCCGACAGAGACUCAAUGGCAUGGUAAAAACAAAGAACAAACAGUUGUCGUUAUCUCUAUCGCCUGAAGGUCAAGUUGAACAUUUAAUCGUUGAAGCUACGAGCAUCCACAAUUUAUGCCAGAUGUAUAUUGGCUGGGGACCCUUCCUUUGAAAAUAUAUAAUAUAUAUUACUGAAGUUUACAACAAUGAUUACGGGUUAUUUUAUAAGAAUUCAACAAUAAAUUUUUUU